UAGGGAGUCACCCAAGCUGACCUCAUUUGCCUUUCCUGGACUCUUCCAGCACGUGAGCUGAGUCUUCUGCCCACACUGACGUGUGUUGCCUGGAAAUACUUGGGCCUCCCUACCUGCCACUCAGAAGUUGCCUUCUUUGGGGAAAGGGCAUAAAGCAGGAAAUGAAAAGCAGCAUCACAGGAAGGCAACAUACAGCCCAUAUCAUUAGGUGGGAUGUUUUGCAUGCACGAGUAGCUUGUCAGAAAGUAGUCCCUGCUUCAAGGGAUGCCUCUGGACAUAGGGCAGCUAAGGCGCACUAUAAAAGCCAGCCCAUCUCCGUGCUCUCUCAUCCACUUCUCUGGCCUUCUUCUCCUUGGGAACAAGGUGCAGGUCCUGCCCCCAGACAUGUCCUGCUACGACCAGUGCCGGCCAUGCCAGCCCUGCGGCCCGACCCCGCUGGCCAGCAGCUGCAAUGAGCCCUGCGUCAGGCAGUGCCAGAACUCCACCAUUGUCAUCCAGCCCUCUCCUGUGGUGGUGACCCUGCCCGGCCCCAUCCUCAGCUCCUUCCCGCAGAACACUGCUGUGGGAUCCUCCACCUCCGCCGCCGUUGGCAGCAUCCUCAGCUGUGACGGAGUCCCCAUCAACUCCGGGUGCUGUGACCUCUCCUGUAUUACCAGCCGCUACUGUGGCAGCAGGUGCCGCCCCUGCUAAAGAUGCCAGACAGUGCCCCAGACCAGGACCUCAGGAACUCAGAACAUGCUGCUGGACAAAAAUGAAUGGAAGAACAGACCUCGUGCUGUUGUUCUAAGAGGACCUGACCAUCUCUGGCUUGUCCUGUAAAGACAGACAGGAAGGGGCCAGCCUGGAUUCUAUGACUACAUGGCCGAUGUAUACCUAUCCUGUUUUCCACACACUCUUUUUCUUUCUUUUCUUUGUUGCCCUCUGCUUUCCGUGAGGCCCCCAGAAACCAGCCUGGAGUGACCUGCUACCCCUCUCCCCUUAUGGGCCAGGUCGAUUGAUGCCCUGUUGCAAGUCUGCCAUUGGAAAAGCCGAACAGAUUUUUUUUGUCUGCUCCUGCUGUGCUACGAUCUCGGGGCCUCCUCUUGGAGUCAACUCAUUUCCCUCCUGACACUUGAUAAACAUUUGCAGCAACCCUGAGUGUGUCCCUGUGUGGUCUUUUCCUCUGCAUACAGAUGGCCAAGGGAGAAAACCAUUCCUUAGUGGGAACAGGGUGGGGGCACUGCCCCAUUCCCCUAGGCACUGGAGGGUGGUACAUACUGCAGCAAUUCAUCUUUCAGGCACUGUCUGUUGAAACUGAGGAAGACAUGCCUAGUUCUUCCACAGCCAAUGGAUACCAGUCCUUGACUUGUGACGUCUCCGCCUAGACAAGUGCUGUUGACAUUGGAGGCCCCAGCUCUUGGGGAAGAGUGUUCCUCUUGCUUUGGGUGGAGCUGUGCUGGGGAUGGAGUCUCAGAUAAAGAUGAUCCCAAAGGACUGCAGAAACUGGGAAUGGUUAAUUGUCUUGGGGAUGGCCCUCUGUCUCUACUCCACUUUCACCUUUCCUCCACCACCUGAUCAUGGGCAUCAUGUCUGCGCAUGGAGAGCAGGUAGAGCUUCCCUGUGCAUCCCUAUCACCCUUCAGCACAGCAUCUGGCAUGGCCCAGCUGUUGCCAAGAUGCGUAGGGCUGAGGGGAUCCCCAAGUUUGUACUGCUACCAGUCACAUCAGGCCACACACUGGAGCCCCCAGUCCCUGUGAACCCAACUCCUUUCUUAUGAAGGCAGGCCCAGGACAGGGACUGAUGCCCAAACACGCCCUCAUGGCUGCUCGGUCUUGCUUUCUUUUCCCCAAGCAUGGAUCAGCUUUCAUCAGGCCCUGGAACUCAGAGGCCCCGUAGGUGGCACAGCCCCACCAUGCUCCAGAAAAGACAUUCUGUGGGUGCAGAUAUCCAGGUGAGUGAAAGACAAGGGAACAGGGAAAGUGUUUGGAUACAGUCAAGGAUCUUGCUCAGCAUUAUAGCCCCACAGGCCAAGCUCAGAAGAGGCCCAGCACCAGAGGAGAAAUGGACAAUGGUGUUCCUGGUACCCCCGUGCUCCGAAGGAGAGCAGGAAGCAGAGUUUCUUUCUCAUGACUGAGGUGUAAUGCAAUGCCUCGUGCGUGGCAAUCAGACAGCAAAAUUGUGAAGAUGAGAAACUCAGUGAUGCCCUGGAGAAGGGGAAAAAAUGUCUAUGCCAGGCAGCUGGAAACACAAAUGGUUCACCUGAUGACAUGGAAAGUCUCCAGUGUUUGGGGAGCAAUGGUGGUGGAGUACAAGUUCUCCAAGAAGGUGAGCGGGCUGAGGAAAAAGUGCAUUGGGCUACUCGGGGGCUGGUCACUCCCCACAGUGACAAAGGGGGGCCAUUCCCCAUAGCCUUCAGAGAGAUGAGGAGAAGGUAAUGACAAAGAGGAUGAUGUGCCAGCCGGGAUGGUCUGUUAAGCUCAGAAGAAUGAAUUCAGUCCCAAAGGUCCUGUUCUCCUUUGCCAUGGCUCUAAGGUUUCAGAAGGGGAUGAUGUCAGACUGAGGUUUCAGAUUGUAAUAAGAGCAGCAGAAAACAUCAACAAAAAGCCUCAUCCUUGCCUCUCAUGGCCUCUCUCGAUCUCUCAUUUUCCCUCCAUCUGCCCUCUCUCUCUCACACUCUACUUCCAUAGAGACAGCCAUACAAACAGCUGUCCAUCCUUCUCCAGGCAUCCAUCCACCCACUCUUCACUUCAUGACCCUCCUGGAAGUGAGCUACAAAUUACGGUCUUUCAUUAGAAAUAUUAGCGAGUUAUUUUUAUGUUUUAUUUCAUCUUUGAAAAGAAAUAUUGUUUUUUUUUCAUUGGUAGUGAAAGAUUUCUUCAUGUCCCACGGGGCUGUAUCAUGUACAGUAAUUUUCUGUGUAAAAGAAGUCCCAACUCAUAAAAAUUCCAGCCAGACAACAGAAAUACCGCUACACACUAUCAUCAGUAUCAACCCAGUGAUUGUUUUUUCAAUCAAAGUGAAGAGAAAUUAAGCUUCAGAAUGUUGCAAAAGAAACAAAAAAUAAAUGAAAUUUAAGAAGUAUUUUUAUUCUCUACAUUUCCCAGUUCAGCUUUUUCUGAACAGGUUCACGGAAUGCUCAGAAGGAGAUGAUGAGAAAGAAGUUUUAAAUGUUUUCCUUAAUGGAACGUUUUGAUUCCAAUAUUAAUUGCAUCAUUCCGAUUCUCAACCUGGAAUUUAACAGCUGUUUGAUCAGCUCCAGCCAUGUUCCCAGGCAAGAACAGGAGGGAAGGCAUUUUUCCUGCAGAGGUGUUCAAUGUGUCCAGAGAAUCCUUGGGGCAAUGAUCCCGGGGGUAGAUCAGACCCCUGCUGAGACAAGGCUGAGCCUGGUGCUGCCUUCCCCGAGAGCACAGAGGAAAGAGGGCCCAUGGCUGCCCCCUGCUGGGAGCUGCCUGGGCCAAGCUUUUCUGUCUCCGUGUUGCUUUGC